UGAGAGACACACAGACCUGGCGGUGACCAUGGAAAAGGGGGGGAUUCCGCAUUUAAUAAUUAAAAAAUGAGAGAGGGUGUGCAAAAACACACAGAGCUCCUCAUUGCGUUGCUUCUUAGCAACAUGCACAAAGUGCACAAGAUCUCCACUGAUGGACGUGGAGCAAUUUGAGCACACAGACGUUUUGAUUAAGCCUGGUGCAUGCACGCGUGCAUGUUUGCAAGCAGCUCCAUGCAGCCUCGGCGCCCACCAUUAUUAUCACAUACACAGAAGCGCGUGCGUGCAUGCGUGUGUGCGUGCGUGCGCUCUCUCUCUCUCACUGACAGUCUGACUUCUCUCUCUCUCUUUUUCCCAUUGCACGGAGGGGAUGUGCACACGGCGGAGCCGAGCCGUGCAGUGAGCGCGUGCACACGUACGUACACACGCACGCCCGUCCGUUCCUACGCCCGCGUGCGUACGUUCCGUGCGUACUUGGGACUCGGCACGGUGGGAACGGCGCGGGGGGCGGUGGUGUUGACUGACAGCGGUGGUGGUGCUGCUUGUCCGCGGUGGCGGAGGGGAGCCUGCACGCGAUGUGCGCGAUGAUGGAGGGAAGAAACGCGACGCGCGCGCCCUGACCACCGUGCGUGCAUGUGGAUUACCGUAUUACGGCGACGGAAAGCAGCAAAAACAAAGCAGCAAAAAACAACACAAGCAAGCUAAGGCGCGAUGGAGACGCCGGCGGCGCCCGAGCCCCCGAGCUACGAGGACGUGCGCAAGAGCGGAUACCUCCGCAAGCAGAAGUCCAUGCACCGGCGCUUCUUCGUCCUGCGGGCCGCCUCGGAGCACGGCCCCGCGCGCCUCGAGUACUACGAGAACGAGAAGAAAUUCCGCAGCAAGUCGCCCGUGCCCAAGAAGGUCGUGCACCUGGAGGCGUGCUUCAACAUCAACAAGCGCGCGGACUCCAAGAACAAGCACAUGAUCGUGCUGUACACUCGCGGCGAGAGCUUCGCCGUGGCCGCGGACACCGAGCAGGCACAGGAGGAGUGGUACCAGGCCAUGCUGGACCUCCAGAGCAGAAGUAAAACACCUGAUGACUACGGCAGUGGAGGAGAAUGCGGACUUCUUUCCCCUGGCCCAGCAUUUAAGGAAGUUUGGCAAGUAAAACUUUGGCCCAAGGGUCUGGGCCAAGCAAGGAACCUGAUUGGCAUCUACCGGCUCUGCCUUACAGAUAAGACAGUCAAUUUUGUUAAGCUCAACUCAGAUGUAGCUGCUGUUGUACUACAGCUGAUGAACGUACGACGAUGUGGCCAUUCAGAGAACUUUUUCUUUAUCGAGGUGGGUCGCUCAGCCAUGACGGGCCCUGGAGAGUUUUGGAUGCAGGUGGAGGAUUCUGUAGUAGCACAGAACAUGCAUGAGACUCUACUAGAGGCCAUGAAGGCCUUGAGUGAAGAGUUCAGGCAGCGUAGCAAAACCCAGGCUGCGGGUGCGUCCUGUGGAGGUGGCACAGCUUCAAAUCCUAUUAGUGUACCAUCCCGACGGCACCACCCAAACCUGCCACCUUCACAGGUUGGUUUCUCCAGACGGGCUAGAACGGAGACUCCUGGAGUGCCACACAGCACUAACACAUCACCUACGCCACGGCAUGGCUUCUCAAGGUCACGGACUGCCAGUAUUGGGGCUCGGACAGAAGACGGCAGUGGCAGAAUGACUGCUCUCAGCACUAGUCCAAGCCUUAAUGGCUCCUCUUGUUCUACCACCCCUACUCUGCGACCCAAACCCACAAGAGCGCCCACCCCAGCCAAAAUCACCCUCAGUCUGGCACGGUACACACCCAACCCAGCACCCUCCCCAGCCCCCAGCCUCUCCUCCAGCUCUGGCCAUGGCUCGGAAUGUGGACUGGGUGGAGCUCCAAUGGGAACAGUGCCCAUCUGCACCUAUGCUCGGAUACCACAGAGGAUAUCCAUGUCAGGCUCACCUAGUGAUUAUGGCUCCUCUGAUGAGUAUGGCUCCAGCCCUGGUGAACACUCCCUUUUGGCUGCGGGACUUCCUGCCGCCUUAGUGGAUACCCCUGCUGGCUGCGUCUUAGUGGGACAUCGGAACAGCUCACACAAGCGAUCACACGGGCGCAGGAUUCUCCGUCGCUCCUCUAACAGAGAAUGUGAAGCUGAACGCAGACUACUUAGCAAGCGUGCCUCCCUUCCACCUUCUUCUGCUCAUGAGCGCCUAGUGCCUCGCCGCAGGGAGGAGGAGGAGGAGGAAUAUGAAGACUAUGCUGUAAUGUCUCGCAGUGCCAGCAGGGAGUCGUUCACCUCUCGACGAGGCUCAGGAAGUUCAGCCACAACUACAUGUGUGCAGCUGGAAACCUCCGCAGAUAAAGGUGUCAAUACGAGGGAGGUUCCAGAGGAUGCAUCUAUUGACAGUGGCUACAUGUCCAUGUUACCAGGAGUUACAGCUCCUCCUGCUAGCCUAUCUCUUUCAGUGUCUGAAGCAGAAUCAAAGGCAGUGGAUGAGUAUAUGGCUAUGACUCCAAACAACAGUGUUUCACCACCACAGCACAUUCGGCUUCCUGUCUCUGAGGGCUACAUGAUCAUGUCCCCCAACAGCAGCUGUUCACCUGAUCUCCAUGGUAUGAGCAGUUGCUUGUGGGGGAGCAGAAGCAGCAUGGAGAGUCGAGCAGGAAGUGACUACAUGAACAUGUCGCCCAUUAGUGCCAGAUCAGCCUGCAGCACGCCACCCUCACAUCCUGAACAGCACCCACUGCAGCCCAAGACAGUGUACUCCUACUUUUCCCUGCCACGCUCCUACAAACACACCACCCUCUCCACUCGUUUUGAGGAUGAUCUGGGUGAGGGGAGGAAGUCUGAAGGAGUUUGUAGGAGAGGCAGUGGUGCUGGACGAAGAGUUAAGCAUGGUGCUUACCCCAGUGGAGGUGACCCUUCUGUUGGCCCAAAUGGAGGUGGACACCUGUCCCUGUCCUCCUCGUCUUUCUCUUCCAGUUCAGCAAGCACUGAGAGCUUGGAAGACAAACCAUUGUCCUUGCCUGCUGGGAUAGCAGGGAAGACCACCAGGUUGAGCACAGGACACAGGGUAGGGAGUGCUCACUCCAAAGACACAGCUCACUUAUAUCACCAGCAGAGGCGAGGGCCAGGGGUACAGAAACAGGGUCAUCCACAGCAACGGAAAGGCAGGCCUUUCAGCCUCUUUGUGGAUAUGUCCAAAGCCAACACUUUACCUAAAGUCAAGGAGACCUUGCAACCCACGGUGCCCCAGAGCUCUGGUGAAUAUGUUAGCAUUGUUUUUCAGAGUGAACAAGGAAGUUGCAACAAAGGGGUAACAGCAGUAGAUCAGGGGAGCGCUAUGGUGCAGGGACAUCCAAAGGUCUUUUACCGACCAGCUCCAUGCCAAGUUGGCAGUUCCAGUCUACCCCGCAGCUUUUCAGCACCCCUCUCCACCACCAUGUCCACAUCCUCUGAAUAUGUUAACAUGGAUUUAGGGAACUCGCCACUGUCCUGCACACCCCUAUCUUUUAAUCCCAGUCCAGCAGUAGCCCCAAAGACCAGAGAGAAGCUCCCCAGGGCUCCUCAAGUGGGGCAGGAAGCUGACAUAGGACACAGAAAGAAUAGUAAGAUUAUCUUGGCAUCUGGAGACAUGGCUCCUGCUCCUGCUUUUACAGACUACACGGAAAUGGCAUUUGGAUUAGCCAAAGCAGACAACCCUGCACAUUGCCCUAAACCUAUCCAAACAUCUGAGCCUGUCUCUGUUGACCGGGAACAAAACUUAGAGUUCUCCUCACCCAAAGCUUUCCCCAGGUCAGAUCAAGGUGCUCGGCUGGUAAGAGCAGAAUCGUCAGCAAGACGAAGGCACAGAUCUGACACUUUUAAGGCGCCUCCACCUCUCCCUAUUUCUCCCGCUUCAUCCACCUCCAUUUUCCCUGAAACCCCUCAGACAAAUCCAUCUCGACACCAAGGCCUAGAUAGUUCCCUCUGGGCUACUGGACAGCCGAACACUUCACAGUGUGCUGGUCCUGGGGUGGCAGCUAUGCCCACGACCCAGGCUGUGUCUUCAUCUCUGGAACAAGGUCUAAACUACAUUGAUCUUGACUUGGCCAGUAAGGAGAGUGCUCAGCUCGGCCUGGAUGGAUCUUCUGGAUCACACUUCUCUGUCUUGGGAGGAGUGUCAACAGUUGGUUUGGCUGGAACAGCAGUCGGGGGAAAUACCAACUCAAAAAUCAACACUUAUGCCAGCAUUGACUUUUUCAAGUCAGAGGAACUAAGAGUUCACCAGAACAGCAGGAAGGACAGCAAAGAGUGUUGAUCUCCCUGCUUGCUGAAGAGGAACCGAAAGCUGAUCCAUGCCUACUCUGCUGAUCUGUGUGUGUGUGUGUGUGUGUGUGUGUCUGCGUGUGUGUGUGUGCGUGAGUCCUACAGGUGUGGAGGCUCACCCAUGUGACUCUCACCGUAAGAUUUUCUUCUCAAUCGGUUACAAUCGAUACAGAAUUUGCCAAAAGACUAUUGGUCAUAUCUGCCCAUGAACAUGGAUAUGGACACAUCCUUCAGCCAAUCAGGAAGGACUACAGCGACUCUGACUGCCAACCAAGAGCCAAUGAUUAUUCCUUUUUCUUUCCUUCAUUACGAAAUUGAAAAAAAAAUUGUAAUACAGAUAUUACAUAGUCUAACGAUAGAUGAGAUACAUAUAUAGUAUACAUAAGAUUACUGAGAAAAGUAUAUAUGACUUUUUUAAAAAGUGCCUCAUUUUUGAUUGUAGCCAUUUUUACACAGGUCCAGAUGCGCUCUGUGAGAGGAAAAAAGCUUUCUGUUUGCCGUCUCGCUUUGUCUGUCAAUUUGUGUUCUUGAGAGAGAGAGAGAAAGAAAGAGAGAUAGUAAGAAAGAAAGAGUGAGAGAGAGAAUCCAUGGAAGAAAUAAAGGUAGAGAGAGAGAGAGAUAGAGGUGCUAGUUGAGAGCAGAUAGUGUAUUUGUUUGUAUAAUCUGAUUGCCUUAGUGUGUUCGAUGAGAUGUGUGUGUGUGUAUGAUUGCGAAUAUAUGUGUAUAUGUGUGAUUGUGUAUGUGUGUGUGUUUGCUUGAUGAGCAUCAUCUAAGCCUCAGCCAUGCUGUGCCUCUAUUCUCAACUCAAUAACCUUGAAGCAUACACUAACAGACACUGACAGCAGCACACACACACACUUACAGACACAGCUACAGAUACACACAUACGCAAACAACCAUACAGUAAGACCUCAAACUGUCUGCCUAUUCUGCAGUAUUCCUACUCAAUAGCACUGGUGAACAUUAACAUUAUCCUCAAUAGCAAGGCGGCAUCAGCUGACCGGCUGCACUCAGAUGUCCUGAGAGUCUGAAUAAGAGAUUACUGUGUGCGUGCAUGAGUAUGUGUGCAUGUGUGUGUGUGUGUGGAAGUGUGUUGAAUCUUGUCAACACACUGUUCAGCAGUGAUUUUCAUCAGUUUAAACAAAAAACAAAUUACACUGACACGCCAAAAGUAAUUGGACAGACACUACUAUCUGUCGUGUUCAGAAAUGUAAUGUCCCAUCCACCUGCCACCAACUAUCAGUCCUUACUUAACCUCGAUUAACAUUAAUUUAUGUCGCAUUACCAUGUGCACACUGACCAGAGGUGGGCUAACAAUUUAUGAAUAAUUUACAAUUUGCUAUCCCAUGACUUUUGCCAUGUCAUUGUAUGUAUUUUUUUUACCUUAAAAUACCAGAUGAAUUAGUUUUGUGAUGUUCUUUCAACAUGUAACAGAGAGAAUAGCAUCUAUGUAAUUGCCACUUUGGGCUCAAAGCACUGCUAACUGCACUAUGUAACUUUGGUGCAGUGGGCAGAGCAACACUCGCAUAAUUAGUAAGUAAAACUCUGUAACAUUACUGUCAGUCAGUCCACAUGCUUAUUUUACUUUCAGUAAGGGAUCCUUUCUGAAUCUCUCAGCUUGUCCAGAAAUGCAUGUGUAAAGUGUGUUCUUUAGGAAUGGCUCCAACCACAAAUACCUGCAAGUGUGUCGUUUGGAGUCAUAUAUAGUGUUCAGUUUCCAAAAUUUAGUUUUAUUUACAAUUCUUUGCUUGAUAUGUCCCAACAUAUUAUUUUUGUUUUUGUCAUAAUCUUUGAAAUCUUUGAGGUGACUUUUUGACGAACUCUAAAACAAUUAUUUUCAUAUGGAGGAUAUUUUAGUUUAAUACUUAAUACUUGAUUACCUGACAACGAACUACACCUACGCAUAAAAAAGCAUUUGUUGAUACCAAAACGCUCCUUUAAUAAAUAACGACUGAAAAAUUAUGAAAUUAGAAUGACGACCUGUAACUACAUGCCCAUGAUUACCAUAUCCCCUGUAUUCAAUUAUUCCAUUCAUUUUCUGCUGCUCAUCAGUGAACAGUUGUUUUUGACUGCCAGUGUAUGUGAAUGUGCUUGUAAUUUUAACUACAGAAUAUUAAAAUGCAACAGUUUUACUCAGUAUUACUCUAUAUACAAGUUCACACUCUGACACUUACACUCAGACAAGUCCACUCUUUUCCAGUCUUCAGACAGAUAUGUUACAUGCAGGUGUAAAAUUCUCCACUGACAGUAAAGUGCCUCCUCUUUUUAGCUGCAGUUUAAAUCAAACCAGUCUGUCCAAUACAGGCUAUAGUGGACAAUUAAACGUACACACUAUCACUCACACAUGCAAACAUUGAAAGAAACAGUGGUCUGAGUACAAUAAUUCCAUAUGAAUAAAAUCGGGUGAUUUGAUACAGACUUUGAAUACAGUGAUGCCUCAAUUCAGUAAUUUUGAUUAAAAAAUGCAGAAAAGUGCUUGAAGAUGCACCACACAAGUAUUUUGGAGCACUGUUUAACUGAUUAACACAUCUGCAACUUAAUGUUUAAAUUUUAGUUUAUUUGAGCACACAACAUUAUAAAAGUACAUUAUUUGAAACAAAAACUGUGCAUUAUCAUGUCCCUGCAAGCUAACACACUACCCACAAGCUAGCAUGCUAGUUUUGAAGCAAAACAAUACAAACAACAGUCUGGGUGUAGAAGAUUUUAUUCAUGUGGAACAGAAGUACAUAUUUAAUCAAUUCAAAGCAUAUAUUCUGUAUAUGCUAAUCAGAUGUCUUGAUACUUUACUGUGAACAAGAUACAUAUUCACACACACACACACACACACACACACACACACACACAAUAGCUUUACUACAUUUGCCUCCCCAUAAGCACACACCCAGCUAAGCUACAGAUGCUAACAGUUUAAAGUUAAAUCUCGUUCAGUCCCAUUGACUGAUGGUUUUACAGUUUGUACUGGAUUUGCUGGACUUUUUGCUGACUCUUUGUAUAUUCUCACACACACGCUAAUAUUUCAACUUGUUUAUACUCACCAAGCCUCUCUUAACCUGCAUGUUUCCCUCUUCCUGCUACUCUUAUUGUGUUAACAAUGCUAAUUGUUUUUGCGCUAAUUCUGAGGGCGUCCAAAGGAGCGCUUUUGAAAAAGUUGAGUUCAAAUGGGAACAGGGUUUUUCUAAUAAUGCUGAGACAGACAGCUGUGCCUCUCUAAAACUCCACUAGCUUCACUUUUCCACUUUGCUGACUUUUUUGUAGCAUGGCUAAUCAUUUUUCCUGACAGAUAUUUUCCUAGAUUUUGCUGUUUUUUAACUGCUUCGUUCUUUUGUCCAAAAUGGAUUUUGACUGCCUUUGCACUUUUCUAACAGAUGUUGCAUUUCAUUUGAUCCGUGUCAUAAAUUGCGUCAAAAAUGUGACAUCAUACUCGGCUGAUCACAGUGCCAAGAUAAUUUCAUGUAUUUACUCAUCCAGAGAAAGAGCUAAGCGUUGCAGAUUCAGACACUCGUAUCUUAGAUUUAAGGACAAACAAGCAGGAGCUAUUAAGAGUAUUUGCGGAUUAAGCCCCCGCACCACAUGGGUUUGUGGUGGUCACUAGCUUUUAAAACCCCAGGGAACCUAAAUCUGUGUAAUUAUUAUUUUCUUUAAUUAGGGUAAUCUUGCUGUUUUGAGGAUGCACUUUACAUGUGCAAAGAAUAUAAUAGCUGUGUAUUGGCAAGAACAUGGCAAUAUAAUACAUAUCACUGGAUAGGGGUUAAAAUUCAGUAUAUUACUGUUUAUGAGUGGGAAACACAGGGCAUUUCAUGAUACAAAAUUAUCGCGAUACUCAAUAUAUCCCAAAACAAUUCUCUGCAAUACUUUAUGUCAUCUGUUUUACUCAAGUGGAUAAAAUACUUCUAAAUGAUCAAAUACCAGAAAAUAUGUAUUUAUUGGUGUUAAUUUCCCAGAAUGCUGUAUGCAAGACAAUAUAUUGUGAUUCUUUAAAAAAAAUCACUUUAACAUCAGAGUUUUGCAAAAAAAUUAACCAUAAAAUUGGAGUGGACAUAUUGCAAUCUUUGCUAGCAAACUAUUACUUAAAUAUCAAAUUUAAUAUCACAAUACUUUGGUUAUUUCAUAUUUUCUUACACCCCUAUUCUAUGUGUGUAUUCCUCACUAAACAAUUAUUUAGUGAGUGAACACAGUGGGUCUACAAUACCAUCUGCAUAAUAUUCUUCAAUAGUCUUUUUCACUCUAGGUCUAAUCAACAUUCUUAAUUCUUGAUCUUAUUUUUUUUUUUCAUUCAAACUUCACAUGAUUUUUAAUUAUCAUACCAAAUUUUUACACCAUGUUCCCUGGGGCUUUAAUAAGAACACUCUGCAUGCCGCUGUACACCUUAUUCACACAUUUUGACACAGUGUAUCGUCACUACUGUCAGCAAACAUCUUUGGUCAUGCUUUGCUUGGGAUGGCUUUUAAGGGUGUCAAGCCUGUUGCCUUUUUCUUCACCACAAACGAAUCAUACGCUCUCGUAACCCCAUCAGAGGGGCUGGCCACCAAAACACAUAUAUAACAUCUCAAUCUUAGACACGUGUAAGUGUAAUGUGUGUUUGGUGUGUGUUUGUGCGUGUGAGUUUGUGAGUGUAGGAGUGAAUGAAUUGAAUGAUCUGUCUCUCGUAUCCUGCUUGUGAGUGUGUGCCCCUCUUUGUUUUUGUGGCAACAUGUGUGUGUGUGUGUGUGUGAGAGAGAGAGUGCGAGGUUGUAGAGGCUGUCUGAUUAGUUUAAUCUCUCUUUUAUUGCCUUAUCGUCUGUAUUAGCUCUCACGUAAUACACGGCAGCUGUAAAAAAGACGCUUUGCAUUCUAGAACAGUCGGAAUUCUGUUAGUCUUUUUUCUAGAAUAUUUGGAAUUCCCACGAAGUCUUUGGAAAUUUUGCUGGAUCUUCAGUCGAGAAUGGUUGAAGGUUUUGGAAUUUCUGCUGAAUCUUCGUUGUAGAAUGUCUGGGACAGUUGGAAUUCCACCUGAGUCUUCUUUUUAGAGUACUUAUAGUAGAUCGUUUUAUUUCCUGCUUUCUCUUUUUUCCUAUAACUGCUGGAAUUCCCACACACUUAAAAAUAAAGGUGCCAAAAAUGCUCUCUGGAGUGAUGGAAUAGAAGACGUUUUAGUGAAGGAUUUUUUUUUUCUAAUGACAGGUUCUGUGAUUCUAUAGAACCAUUUUUAAAAGUUUAAAGAACUUCUAUACAAUUCUAUACGCCCUAAAACCAAACAUGUACACCAAGAACCAUCUAAGGACCUUUGUUUUUAAGAGAAUUUUCUUUCUGUCACAUUUGGAAUUCUUACUGAGUCAUUAUAGGGCUGUUGAAAAAAUUGAAAUACUUUGCAUUCUGUCACGGAUGGAAUUUUACCUACUUUAAAAAUAUGUUUAACUUUACCUAGCUUCUUCAGUCAAUUGUAGAAACAGUUGGAAUUCUGCCUGAGGGUUUUUUUCCUAGAAAUGAAAACAUAGAAAUUCUAAUAAGUAGUUGGAAUUUACUGAAAUUGUUUUCUGGAUCCACCAAAACUCCACUUGUUUCUUACAUUUUGAACUGAUAAAACUGUUGGAAUUCUGCCCCAAUGUGUUUGUUCUUGAGAAGUUGGAAUAGUUUUAAUUCUGUCUGUGAUGGUUUCUGGAACCUACAGAAUUCCACCUGAUUCUACAGUCUAGAACUGUUGGAAUCCUACUUGCUUCUUCAUUCCAGAACCGAGGGAACAGUUGGAAUUUUGCCCAAGAACAGUUGGAAUUUGAGUAUGAAGAUUCUGUACUCUGGUUAUGUGUAGAAAAUUGCGUGUCUGGCCUUAGAUCUCUUGGAGCAGAACUGCAGUACCACAUGAUGUAGAAAUACGGCCAAGGCCUAUGUAUACUCAAAAACAAACAAAAAGAAAAAAAAGAAAGAAAAGAAAAAGAGAAAAAAAUUAAAGGAAAAGACAGAAAGCCUUGGCUUUCUCAGAGCACCUGCCAUUUGUUGGAUAAAAGGGUUUGAUAUGUACAAUCAGGGUCCUGUUUAUGGAGAUUUAUCCUACUAAUAUAUACAUAUAUAUAUAUAUAGGGUACUAUGAAGAAUUCAAUGACAAUGAUGUAUAAAGAAGUCUAAAGAGAGUAUCAAUAGGGUUUGGGCAGUGUAGUUCUGUGUAUAAGGGGAAAUGCUUGGGAUUUGGGUGGGCAUGGGGCUUUUAUGGAAUGGCUAUGGUAGAAAUUUCUGUUUGGAUCAGAAAUUCCUUCAUGAUUAUUGCCUGUGAUGUAGACAAUGUCACUUUGUUUUAUGGAAAAAGGUGAAAAGAAAGGAAAAUGGACAUGUGUCUCCUGUGUUUUUUUCUCUCCCAAUGUUUGGCACUGCUUAUCUUUUCGUUCUGAAAGUGGAAUUCCACUGGUUCUUAUAAAUAAAUCUGAAUAAUUUAAUGGCUGAGAUGUAAAUAAAGUCAUUCAGAGUG